AUGCCGUCCCUCGAAACAGCUGGCUUGCAAUCCACCGUUUCCGACAGCGCAACAGGACUCACAAGCACCUUUACUCAAUCAGCCACCGGCACUGGUCUGCAGACCGCUACAAGUACCGGCUAUGUAUACUCGUAUGCCACGAGCAAGAUUGUCAGGACUGCAGUGGCGGCGGGCGUCAUCGUGCUUGCUAUCACGGCGAUAGUAUUGUUCUUCAAGGUCUCAUCGUGGAUCAGACUUCGCCAGCGUCUGCGGCGACAGCGUCUUCUGGCUCUGUCAAUCCAAUCGGAGCGCCAGGCCAAUGCCUAUGAGGUGGCAGCUUGGUCGGAUGAACCUGGAGUGUUGCCUGUAUCUACGCGGGGUCCGGGUUUCGACCAAAGCCGGGAGAGGAAAAGUCGGAAAGAGCGAAAGAAUGAGAUGAAAGCUUGGAAGAGGGGAGGGGCAAAUGCGUACGCCUUGCACGAGUGGGAAGGAGUGGCCUCUUGA